ACACUCCAAUUCCUCUCUUCCAAAUGGCUUCUCCCGCUUCAUUUUCAAUUUUGAAGUUAAAGCUACAAAGUAUCUCAUUAUCAUCAUCAUCUUCCCCACAACGGCACGCCAAAGAUCCAUUUUCAACAGCAUUCGCUAUCAUUGCCACUCCAUUUUUCAUCAUUCACUUUUCUCUUCUCUCAAAUACCCAGCUCCCCAUUUUCUGCUUUCAAUUCCCUCCCUAAGUUAUCAAUAACAAAAGUUGUUCCCUUCACUCAUUGAGCGGACAAACCUAAGAACAACCCCCCCCUUCAAAUUUCUCUCUCUCUCUCAUUCCAUGAUUCUAAAACUGCCGGCCAUGGCCGGCCAAUCUCGUCUCCUUUUCCCCAUCCAUAUCUCUCACUCCAAAUCCUUCUCAUCAUCCCCUUUUCCCUUUCCUCUGCAAAAUCCCCAAUUUCCAAUCCCUAAAUUUCACUCUCCAAUUCAUGGGCUGUGCACAGACGAAGCAUUCGGUGAAUUCGCCCGCUGGGGGAGUUGAGAAGCUGAAAUUGGACAAUGGGUAUGCUGGGAUUGAUGGUUUUGUUGCUCAUCGGAGGUCGGUGGGGCAGAGGAGAUUUGUUGGCAGGGAGUCAUCUGAAGCAGAGAGGCCUCACGGCGGUGGGAAUGACCAAUUUGGUUCAGACAACAGUGAACUAGUGGAUGGAUGGCCCAAGUGGCUUACUAGUAAUAUUCCUAAACAUGUGUUAGCUGGCUUGGUUCCCAAGAGUGUGGAGGCCUAUGACAAGCUGGAUAAGGUAGGCCAAGGAAGUUAUAGCAAUGUGUAUAAAGCUCGAGAUAGGGAAACUGGAAAGAUUGUUGCCCUAAAGAAGGUCCGUUUUGAUACAACGGAACCUGAGAGUGUGAAGUUCAUGGCAAGAGAAAUUAUGAUAUUGCUGAAACUUGAUCAUCCCAACAUUGUCAAACUUGAAGGAUUGGCUACCUCAAGAAUGCAGUUCAGUCUUUAUCUUGUUUUUGAUUUUAUGCAGACUGAUUUGGCCCGAGUUAUUUCCCACCCGGAUGUACGGCUUACGGAGCCUCAGGUCAAAAGCUAUAUGCAUCAGCUACUCUCUGGUUUGAGGCAUUGCCAUGAUAAAGGGAUACUACAUCGUGAUAUCAAAGGAUCAAACCUGUUAAUAGAUAAAAAUGGGAUGCUGAAGAUUGCCGAUUUUGGGCUUGCCAUUUUUUUCAGUCCAAAGAGGCAUCUUACAAAUCGUGUUGUGACUCUAUGGUAUCGAGCUCCGGAGCUAUUGUUAGGUGCUACAGAAUAUGGGGUUGGCAUUGAUCUAUGGAGUGCUGGAUGUCUCUUCGCAGAAAUGUUCACUGGAAGGCCAAUUCUGCCAGGUCGAACAGAGGUUGAACAACUUCACAAAAUUUUCAAGUUAUGUGGUACACCAUCUGAGGAGUAUUGGAGAAAACUCAAGCUGCCACCUACUUUCAGACCUCCACAGUCGUAUCGACCUAGUCUCAGAGAAUCUUUUAAGCAUUUUCCCUCAUCUUCUCUAGGCCUACUCAACACCCUACUCGCUUUGGAGCCUUCAUAUCGUGGCUCUGCAUCUUCAGCCCUUGACAAUGAAUUCUUUUACACAAGCCCACUGGCAUGCAGCCUUUCGGAUCUUCCUAUAAUCCACAGUGAGCCCGAUGUACCGGAUAAAACAAAUCAGCAGAAGUCUAGGACUGCUAAAGUUACAAGGCGUUCGCAUACGCACCGUGAACGCCGGAGGAAAGAUUUAACUGCCGGAAUACCGAAAGAAGAAUCAAAUCUUCCCAAACAGCUUUCACAGCAAAGGGGAGAUGACGACGAACAAAAUGAAGAGCGAGGGAGUACUACAACGAGCACGUCCUCAAGUGUUAACAAUGGAGUGCGAAAGGGGAGUACAAUGUCGAGCACUUCUUCAAGUGUUAACACGGGAGGUCGAAAGACAACGAGCACCUCAUCGAGUGUGAACACGGGAGGGGGAACAGGGAGCUCUCACUUCUUGCUAUCUCCAAUUUCAUACUCUAACAGGAAGUCAUCAAGAAUCCAAGGCCAUCUUCAGGUAACUAAUAACCUCAACUUGCCUCCGUUGCCUAAGACAAGAGAAUACUCAAGCUUCAACAUCAAAGACCACCAUGGUGCACAUAUCACGGGUCAGGUUCGGAGGUCGGUCUCCACUAGAGAUUUCAGGAAUUUGGAGCGAAAAGAGCAUUUAAAAUUGUAUGCCGUUGAUGAUUAGGCUAAUGUAAGAUCUUAUACACCUUUUAGGUGUUGGAAUGGUCCUCGAUGUUCUUUGGUUUUGUUUUUUUUCUUUUUUUAAAUGUUUUAGGUUCUUGAUAUUUCAACUUUUUCUUUUCUCCAAUGAAUUCAUAUAAAUGAAAACUAAAAUAAUUUGCUUUUUCUAAAUAGAGAUCAAGCAUAGAUGUUA